GACAGUGUCAUCCGGACAGCUACAGUUCAGACGGCAAAGAGCAUUUUGGAUCGGGGCGUCAAAAGGCUUGUCCCACUGCCAAUUCAACCCGAUCUCGAGAAACCCGAACAACUAGCCACCGAGACGAAAUAAGAUGGGAACUUCAACCACACCUCCCUAGUUUGAUCGGUACCCUCUCAACGGGGGGAGAAUGUUACGCCAUGCGGCUUACCAUAGGUCAUAUUCUUAACUAUCGAUCGCGGCACUAUAAUGUCGCAGACGGAUCGUCGUGUCUGCCCGGCAAACAAACAUUGUAGUGGCAAGCGCAUGGUUCAUUAAGCAGGGCGACUUCCAGAAACGUCGACUCGUGGCCCGUAUUUUACCUCGCGUAAAAGAAUGUGGCGUGAUCCGAACGUAGUGGGGGUCGCCUUCCAGAAAAAACGAAAAAAAUCGAAAGGCGUUCAGAACUUUUCGAGAUGUCGAACCGUCAACACAUGUGGCGCUUGGCCAUGGAUCGCUGCAUUAGGUUUUCGUAAUCCCCGAAACCCAGACAAACCACUAUGGAAGUGCGGAGGUUCCCUGAUAUCGGCUAGGCAUGUUUUGACCGCAGCACAUUGUGCACAUAUGGAUGGAAUAGAAAACAUACACAAUCAUAAUAUUGCCAUUCUUAGAUUGGUGGAGGAGGUGCCAUUUUCGAGGUACGUAUAUCCCAUUUGUACGAAAGAGCCCCUACGAAAGAGCAACUUCGUCGGCUAUAACCCCCUUGUUGUUGGAUCGGGAGCAUUAAGAUAUAGACGACCACGACGUAAUGCAUUAAUGGAAGUACAAAUGCCAGUGAUUAAGAACGCCGAAUGCAAAAUAGCUUAUUCCAAAUUUCCUAAUGCACCUGAUAUCACUGAUGGUAUAAUAUGCGCCGAACAUGCUCAGGGUGGAGAGGAUUCUUGUACGGCUGACCGCGGCGGACCACUGCUGAUACAACAUGAAUUAACCUCGUAUUUAAUAGGCUGUUAAUCUAGAGGCUGGAGUACAAAGAAGUGGCACAAUGAUGUGGGCUGAUGACAUUUAUAAUUAUCAAGGAAUCACCCCUACAUUCGCUCAGAAUUUUAAUGAAACUGUCCCUUGGGAAGGAAGAACUGAUACCUUGAUAUCACGGUUUGUACAUCCUAUAUAUACGACAAAUUUUAGAACAUUAUAUAAUGAAGAACCAGAUCAUUUUAUCAUUAGUUGUAUGAUAAUACAACUUUUUCAUGAAUUCUUUUAUUAUAAAAAUAUUACUUCUAAAAUCCCCGCUUUAAGGGACCAAAUCACAUGGCUAAAAUUUUUAAUCUUUUUGAUAGAUAGUCGCUGUUGAUACUUAACCGAGUAUGGUCAUAUAGUCGGAUAAAUAAAAUUUCCAUCCUUUCAAAUAUAUAUUAUAUUCGUCAGU